UGCACCCUCCAAAGCAACGGAGAGAUUUCAGACUGCAAGCAGCACUGAUUGCCCGAAACCUCAAAUGUUCUGCCAUGAUGGUUCGAGCUUUCCAAUUUCAGUUGGUGUGCAUUUUCUUGCUUACUCAAGUCUUACGAUACUUCUGUUUGCAAAAACUUGACAUUAAUAAUGAAACAAUUGUGAAGAUUUCCACUGCUGGACAAUUGAUGCAGUGUUCUGCAGCCAUUGAUUUGCUGUUCUUGCUGGAUGGGUCAUACAGUAUUGGCAAGGGAAGCUUUGAGAGAUCCAAACAUGUUGCAUUCAAACUUUGUGAUGCUCUUGACAUAAAUCCUGGCAGGGUCAGAGUUGGAGCAAUCCAGUACAGUUCAAUGCCGAAAGUUGAAUUUUAUCUGAAUUCCUACUUAACAAAAGAAGAAGUAAAAGAACAACUUAAAAGAAUUAUAUUUAGGGGUGGAAGUACACAGACUGCCCUGGCUUUGAAAUACGUUCUUCAAGAAGGUUUUACAGAUGCAAGAAAUGCAUCUGUUCCUCGAAUUCUUAUCAUUCUUACUGAUGGUAAAUCUCAGGGUAAUGUGGCAGAAGUAGCAGCACAAGUGAAAGAAACUGGAAUAACUGUGUUUGCUAUUGGAGUGAAGUUUCCAAGAUGGGAGGAGUUGAAUUUGCUAGCUAGUGAACCCAUAGAGAGCCAUGUGCUGUUUGCAGAGCACUUUGAUGAUGCUGUUAAUGGUCUGUACACAACAUUGACCAGCUCUGAUGUCUGUUCUGCUAUCCCACCAGCUUGUAAACUUGAAUCCCAUGUUUGUCAACGUAAAUCUCUAGAAACAGUGAAGGAAUUCAAAGGGAAUUUCAUGUGCUGGAAGGGAUCAUAUGGAUAUGGUGGACCUUUCUCAACACUGUGUCCUUAUUACACUUGGAAGCGGGUUUAUAAGACACAUCUUGCUCGAUGCUACAGAACCACAUGCCCAGAUCCAUGUGAUUCACAACCCUGUCAGUAUGGAGGCACAUGUAUCUCAGAGGACUUUGAAAAGUACCACUGUGUCUGCCCUGCAGCAUUUGGAGAAGAUUUUAAUUGUGCUCCACAGCACGGCCUUGAAUGCAAUGUUGAUAUUUUGCUGCUAAUUGAUGGCUCUACCAAAACAUCCCUUGAAGGAUUUCUCCAGCACAAAGCCUUUGUGAAAAGAUUUCUGCAGGUUGUGCUGACUCCAGAGCGUCAAAUUAAUGUUGGUGUAGCACAAUACAGUGAUGGAGUUCAAAUGGAGCUGGCUAUGGGACUGUACCAGGAUGUAUCAGAUGUUGUUAGUAAGAUCGAAUCGAUGCGUUUUAAAGGGGGCAGCACAAAGACUGGCAAAGCUUUGCAAUACCUUACCCAGAUUGGAUUUAAAACUAGACCGUCAGUUCCACACGUUCAGGAGGACCGCCCCCAUGUUUUAAUUCUGCUAACAGACUCAAAAGCAGACGAUUCCGUAGCUGAAUCAGCCAGGUAUGCCAGAGAGCGAGAGGUAUUCCUUCUUGCUGUUGGCAGCCACAGUCUUCAGUCUGAAUUGGUGGCAAUUACAGGAAAUCCCCAGCGUACUGUCAUAUAUUCAAAUCCCCAGCAUCUCUUCAACAAGAUUCCUGAAAUAAGAACAAAAAUCUGCAGCAUUGAAGAUCAAGGAUGCUUAUCCCAGCCCUUAGAUCUAGUCUUUGCUUUGGAUGCAUCCUCUGGAGUUGGAAAGCACAAUUUUGAUAAGGUGAAGGAUUUUAUGAAAACUGUCAUCAUGCAGUUUGAAAUAAAUCGUGACGUUACCCAGGUCGGCCUUGUGAUUUAUGGCAGCAGUUCGAGGACAAUUUUUGGCCUUGAUGCAUUUGAUUCAGGCACUAACCUCCAGAAGGCCAUCAGCUUAGCUCCUUAUUUGGGUGGAACCGCCUCCACUGGCAGUGCUCUACUUCACAUUUACGAUGAUGUCAUGAGUAUCCGACAAGGAGCCCGACCCGGUGUGAAUAAAGUAGUGGUGGUCCUUACAGAUGGCGCAAGCACCGAUGAUGCAGUAGUUCCCGCACAGACUCUGAGGAACAACGGCAUCAUAGUUUUUGCUGCAGGAAUUGGUGAUGCACAGAAGGAAUCAUUGCUAAGGAUUGCUGGCUCUGCUAAUUACAUGAUAACUGUGCCAUCCUAUGAGGAUUUGAAAUAUUUUGAAGAAAUCAUUGCUCACAGGAUAUGUGAAGUGGCCAAGCAACCAGUCGAUUUGUGCAAACCUAAUCCAUGUAUGAACGGUGGGGAGUGCAUACUUCACGUUGCAAGAUAUCAUUGUGAAUGCAAAGGCUGGGAAGGAGUGCACUGUGAACACAGAAGUACAAAUCCAGAGCCACGUGGAGAUGUCCCCAGGACACACAGGAGGCAGCACAGGCAGAGGCGUAUUUGGAAUGUGGGAGGAAACCAGAGCUCCCGGAGG